GAGGGAACUGACGACCCAGAAAAAGAUUCCGACCGUUCAGAGCUGUGCGGCAAGUCGUACAAGGCCAAGCGCAGCCUCCACCAGCACCACCAGAACACGCACCACAAAGACCUGGGCAAGAUGCUGCCCCCAGCGGCGGUCAGCUCACUGCCCACUCAAGUACCUCUGCACUCAGCCCUGCUUGCUCAACAAUCCCCAACCCCUGCCAUAUCGGAGGCAACAAAAUCUCUACUGAGGGAAACUCUGGAGUCGUCCCGCAAGGCAAAAGACAGCAGCAGCAGUAGCAACACCAGUCAGAUCAGCAGUGCUGACACCCUGCACAGCAGUAGCAGCAGCAACGGUGGCCGACUGAGCGACCGGCUGUCCACGCCCAAUUUGGUUAACUUAUUAACCUCCGACAUCUCGCACAAAGGUCACGCUGCUGCGGCGUCUGAUGGGGCCGUCGCUCUGUUGAAGAAUAAGUCAAGAGCGGACGGGAUCAAGAAGGAGGGAGAGUUGAUGAUGUCAGUGAAGACGGAGAUGGUGGAAGAGGAGCAGGCAGAAGAUCUUAGUGUGCGCACGACAGCCGCCAAGAACCAGGUGAAAGUCAAGCGGUCACCGUCAGUCACUGCAGAUGAUAAAAAAGUCCAUUGUGAGUUUUGUCACAAGUCAUUCAAGCACGAUGUGUCUCUGGCCAACCAUAUCCGCACGGCCCACAACAUCAUCGUCAACUUCCCUGAGUCACAGCCAGCCCCACAGCCCCCCAAGCUCAAACAGAACCGGAACACGACCUCAUAUGCUCGUAUAGAACCGAAGCCAAACGGCAACCCACUGGUGCGACUGUCUGACGUUUUGCCAAACUCCAUGUAUGCCACGGACGGAGUCAACAAGCUAGACCCGGUUGCGGCCGACUUGACCAUCAGCUCUCUGCUGGCCCGUAAAGUCAUGGAGAGGCCCAACAUGAUGACCGCCAAUGCCGGUGUGGGCGUGGCAGAGAGUUCAGCUGGCGCUGGAGGGGGCGGGGCGGUACUCAAUGGCAGUGGCGUGGUUAAUGGUGGUCUGGGCUCGGUGGAGAAUGGGGCGUUGGAUGAGAGUAACGCUUUGCCGUAUCAUGUGACCUCCCGCAUGGUGCAAGAUCUGAGUCUAGAGGAACUAAGCAGCAGGGAGCCAGAGAAGCAAGCUGUGCUGGCGGAGGAUGGUGGUCAACGGCGGUCUCGUAUCACGGUGCUGAAGGAGACGGUCCUGGUCUCGAGACUGGACGGCAUCAACAACGUGACGGGCAGACAGGCCACAGCGUUCCAAUGCCAACUGUGCAAACGAGCGUUCACCUCCUUGGUUCGAUUGUACCACCACCUCCCAAACCACUUUGACAGCGAGGUGAACACCUUCGACUGUCGCUACUGUGAGGCUUCCUUCAGGUUGCAGACUCAGAUCUUAAAACACCUACAGUGUCAUAAAGAUAAGUUCUCAGGGCUCAGCAAUGUCUCUCUACCAUUGGAGGAUAUUCAGAAGAAACAAAAGGAUCAAUCAUCAGACAACGUGACACCAGCUUCGAGUGGCAGCAACAGCAGUUUUCUGUCCCCCGGUUACCUGGCUGAUAACUCGCUGACUAACACACCCAUCACUGGACGCUUCCCGGAGCCAGGGGAGAGAGCCAAUGGUGGCUACUCUUGUACCAAGUGCCGUAAGAGUUUCAGCCGGGAGUACCUCCUCCAGCGCCACAUGCGCAUCCAUCAGAACCAGAACUCCUUCUGGUGUCCUGACUGUGAGAGUGGCUUCAGUGGGGAGACAGAUCUCAUGGAGCACAGGAGGGCAUGUCACGGGACCCCCAAAGUCUCGGAUGAGCAGAUGAAGUAUUCUAACCUGCUGAACAGCCUGUCCGCCAGUGUCUACGACCAGUCGGCUGCAGCAGCCGCAGCGGCAGUGGCCGCCGCUGCUCAGAGCAGCAAACUAGUGGUCGCCAACAGCGACUCCAACAACAACAACAGCAGUGGCAACGACAACAACAACCUGACGUCUGCUACAGCAGCAGCCGUGGCUGCCGCCAAGUCUGGUCUCCCCGCGAGCACGAGCCAGCGUCUGGGGCUGUACCCUCCCAUGGUGGACAUGAAGGCUAUCGACCUGCGACACGGGGAGGAGGUGGCUGUGCGGAUGGCUGCCGAGGUCGGGGAUGCAGAGAGGGAGAUGCUUGCCCGGCAAGCUGUUCUUCAAGAGUUCCAGAAGAAGGCUCUGCUCAUGAAAGCCAUGGAGGCUCAGACAGACAAACGGACGGCCGGCACGGGACUUGACUUUGAGCAGCUGAAGAAAACGUUCCCCACUCUGGGACAGAAACAGCUGGAGGCGGUCACUUCCAGGAUAUUGCAGGAGAACGAGAAGAUGCGCCUGGCUCUGCUGAAAGCCGCAUCAGAGGAAGAACAGCGUCAGAGGAAGAUGUUUGAGAAACUGAGUGAGAAGAAGAGGAGGGAAGAGCAGGAGGCGGCAGCAAGACUGCUGGAGGAGGAGAAGAGGAGGAGGCAGCUGGAGCAGGAGAAGCUCAAGGAGAAACUUGCCCAGGAGGGGAUGGGGGACGUGACCGUGGUGAUGCCGGAUGCCCCACCAUCGGACAGCGGCUCUGGGGAUGACGGGGAUGCCCGGGCUGGAGCAGGCCAGGUGGAGGAGGAGACGGAGACAGCCGUGGAUUUCUCUACCACUUCUUCCUCACUUCGCAAGUCGGAGGGUGUUGUCGCUGUAGCUGCUGCUGCUGCUGCCGUUGUUGGUGGUGGUGGUGGUGAUGGUGGGAACGUGGUGAGAUGCGAAGCUGGGAAGGCAAAAUCUGAGGGGGGUGCUGAAGGGAAGGACACUGGCAGUGAAACAGCAGUCAGUGCAGGGGUCAAGCGAAGGUCACCUGUCCCGAUCACAGGCUCAGCUCCCCCUACCAAAAGCAGACGCAAGGCGCUGAAGCCCCAGAGAAUCAACCACUGUGAAGAAGAGACAGGCACCUCCCCGACAUCUGAGACGCCGACGCCUGGUGGGGAUGUCGGUGUGGUCAAGAUGGACACUGAUCAAGCUGAUGAAUCAAGCUCCUCGUCUCCUGCCCACACUGCAGAGUCGAGUAAUAAAAACAAGUUUGUCCAGAUCCACCCGGCCCACUUUGCCUCCAACACUCUGUCUCAGCUCAAUCAGCUGGCCAGUAUUGGGGCCAUUGGCCUCGCCCCGGCCACUCCCCUCUCAGAACUGGCCCGGAAACAGCUGGCGGCGGCCGUGACCUCUCGCGGAGGAAUGGGGUCGCUGGUGGUGACCCCGAGUGGCCUCAAGUACAUGGACAAGGCCAUCCCUGGCUACGACCAGGCGGCUCUCCCCAUGCUGUUUGGCAGUAUGAGUGGUGGUCAGAUUUUGAACGCCAGCAGCAGCAGUAGUAAUGGUGGGAGCAUCAACAACAACAACAACAGCAGCACCGCCAACAUGGCUAUAGACUUGAGUACAACGGACAGCGGAGGAGUGAGACAGGGAGGUGCCAAACCCUCUGUGAGCAGCCCGCCGCCUUCCAACUAUGAGACCUACAUGCGGGAGAUGAACUUGCUUAGCUCUGCUCCCUCUUCCUCCUCCACUGCAGCACCCGGCCAGGCCACAGACUUGAGUCAGAAGUCGAGCAGCGGUGGGAAGAAGAAAAGCAGCAAGAGCUCCCUUUCUCGCAGCAACAGCCACGAAGUUCGCUCGCUCACAGAGGGGGGAGACCACAGUUCCCAGGACUUGUUAGCAGCGGCUGCCACAGACCUCUCCAAGACAUCCUUGCUCAACGUUCAGAUCCCGUCUUUGUCCAACCCGACAGCUGCCUCCGCAGUUCUCCUGUCCAAACUGGCGGCCAGUCAGCUCUCCGGCCUGGAGGUGGACCCGGACAAUCUAGUGGGCUACCCGCGUGUCCAGUGGAAGCAACAGAUGACCGCCACGGAGCUAGCGGAGCUGGGUAUGUUGGUCAACGGCUCGGCCCAGGGCUUUGUCAAAGACGGCAAAGCUCAGCCAUUUUUCCUCAACACCAACAGCAACAGCAACAGCAGCAACAAAAGUCAAGCAUCGUCCCCGUCGCCAGCCCCGUCACCCACCAACUCGGACGCCUCUUCCUCUGCUGAGGGUCGUAAAGUCACCACCACCUCCCUAUCACGCACACACUCCAGACAUCCGGCCGUACAAAUGCAAGUACUGUGACUACUACGCCCGUACCAACAGCCAGCUCAAGGUUCACAAACUGAGGCAUGAAGGUGUCCGCGAGUUCUGCUGCCGUAUCUGUAAUUACAAAGGCGUGACACAGUCGGAUCUGAACCGGCACAUGAAGUCCCAGGUGCACGUGCUGCGCUCCCAGAACGUGUGCGAGCGCUGUGGGGAGGGGUUCGUGACCCCACGCAACCUGGAGGAGCACCAAGCUAGUCUGUGCUGCGGCAGUCCCGACAAGAACUUCCUGCACGACUCAAAAGCCAACGACGAGGAUCUGGACGAGGAUCAUCAUCACCAUCUGCAUCUUCAUCAUCAUCAUCAUAUGCUGGAUGCGGAGGAACUGGAGGAGGAGGAUGAUGAGCAGCAGCAGCGCCGUGUGACGGCCAUGGGAGAGGAGGGGAGUGCUCUAGGGCUGAUCAGUGCCUCAGACGUGAAGAGAAGCGCCAGUAAUGGAGCAGCAGGGGAGGUCGGUGAACCCAUGGCUGUCUGAUUCGCUUCUUUUGUUUUCUGCCGGUUCCAUGUGAUCCGGAACUCUGGUUCAGUAUGUUCCAGUUCAGUGUGUUCAGUUUGGUUUAAUCCGGUUCAGUGGGAUUCUGCUUUUUAUGAUCCAACUUGGUGUGAUUCGGUGUGAUCUGGUUUGGCGUUAUCGAAUAUGAUGUUCAAAUGAGGAUGGUACAAUAUCUCUCUGUUGUCUUGCAUGCUGAUACAGUUGAGACUAGGAUGUUAUUCCUUUUUUUUUAAAGCAGCAGAAACAUUGAGGAUGAUCACACACGCAUUCGUGGAUAUAAUAUGACAGGACACGCGAAGUUAAUUUUUUUCCUAAUGUUGGAAGCCGCAAAGAGUGGCUGUUGUAUAUGAUGUGGAUAUGAUAGACAUGAAGAUGUUGUUCUUUGCAGCUGGAGAAACGUGAUUCCUUUUGGAGAAAAUGAGAAAUAUUAAGAUAUUGAUCUGAUAAGAUGAAAUGCUGAGAUAUUCUGCGGAUUUGACGAAGAAAUGCUGGGUGUGGUGGUAACACAUCAGGUAGAUAUGUCAGAACAUCAUUCCUUGUGACCGUAGGAACAGCCGAAAUUGUCCCAGACAGCCAUCCAGUGUCGAGGAAUAAAGUACUUAUAAUGUCAAACAUGUGGUCAUUGUCUCGGACAGGUGUCCGUCAGAGCAGGUUUGAUCGUACGUCAAUGGUUGUAUAGCUAGGUGGAGAGGAGCUCUUUCUGAGAGAUGACAGUUGUGAUCACUGCAUGUUUGGACAUGGUGGCAGGCACUUAGGACUAUUAGGCACUUAGGACUAUUGUCCUUGUAGCCCACCUUCUAUAGAUGGGGCGUACGUAUGUGUGAGGUGCCGAUUUUCUCGGUUAAUCUGGAUUUAUGAAAUUGUCCUGAUUUUUCCUGAUUUCAGACUGAUCGCUGCAAAGUCUUGGUACAGGAUGUUUUAGUGGAAUGUCAGACAAUGUGAUCCGUAAAUCUGGAGUCCCGAUGCGUGAGUUUCCAUGACGUCUGAACAGUUCAGGACUUUUUUUUUUACAGCCUGUUGGCAUCUCUGUUAUGUGGAGAAGAACACUCCUUUAGGUCCAACCAUUGUGGCUGGACGAACGACAAAACAAAAGUUUUGUUGGGCAGCAAGAUGGAGAAGACAUAAUAACACAAAACACAAAAGUGUUCAAGACUGUGGUAAUAAGUGGUGGAAUUGGCAAGUUUAUGGCGGGACAAGGCGGGAUGUGAGGUGGCCUUGACCCUGAGCUAGAUGUCAGUGCCACGGCUGUGUGGUGACAUCAUGUGGAGUGUAGAUUUCACACGGACAACGGGUGACCUUGACACUUUGUCUCGGUUAGCAUCUUGUAUGCUUUGCACUGGCUCAAAAAAAGAUGUAUAUCGUAUAAUAUAUUGUAUUAUAUUUUGUUCCAUUCCUGAUGACUGAAGUGAUUUUUUUUUCCCCGUGGACCAAGCCUUGCUCACACAAAUGUAGUGGGACAGAGUCCUGGGUUUUGUGUUCAUCGUUCACUACUCACACUCACAGGAAGUGAGGUGCUUUCAGGAAAUUUUCUUUACUUUUUGCAGAACCUGCACAGAAUAUUUUCUUCAUAUUGUACAAUGUGUCUGUUUGAUUUGAUUUAUUUCUGUACGUGUCAUAUUUUUUUCUUUUACUUUUGACGGAUUAAAUGUAUGUGUCACAACACGAGGGAAUCAGGCACUCGUCAAUUUUACGUCAUAUGAAAUUAUUGGUUUUAUCUGAAAGGCUGCACAUUUGCCUUUCUUUUUUUUAAAUGAAAAAACCCAUCUAUUGUCAAUAAAAGUCAAGAUAGGUACAAUUGAAGCUGGGGGAUUUCCUAGUAUCACAGGUAAAAUUGUCGAGAAAAUUGCCUCCAAAGUUUGGUGACUUGCAAAGCUAUAGUGUCCUUGGAAAGUGCCAAUAUUUUUGGUACCUUUGGUCAAUGUUGUUGGGGUUUUUUCCAGUAAAACGCAUGCAGGAAUGUGUUUUUAAAUAGGCAUAAAAGGAGUCGAGCUCAAAACAAAACAUUCGAAAAAGGUCGCCCAACAGACGGAAAAAGAUGUCGAUUUCUUCGAUUUCAAUUAAUUUUGACGAGUACCUGAUUUCAUCAAGGUGCCUCACGCAGACAUACUGUAUUACAACAUUUUGUCUUUAUGUGUAUGUGGAUGUCUUCAGGGGACCAUAUAAUCAACUUCUGCUUUUUCUACUUAAUUGUAUCCUCUUAUGCGUUCCUGCGGCCAUUUGGUCCGAUUUGUGUUUGUUUGUUGUCAGUGGAGGGUUUUUUUCACCACUGUUUCUCUCUUCUUCACAUUCCUCAUGAUUAGGCCAUUAUAUUGCAGAUAGUGUUGGAUAAAAUGUAUUUCUCUUGUACAAAUUGUAUGUGUGUGCGUACGUGUGUAUGUGUGUGUGCGUACGUGUGUGUGUGUGUGCGUGUGUUUAUAAGGCAUUCCACAUCAGUCAAAGGUUUCUGUGGAUCAACAAGAUUACUGGUCCAUGAAAGUGUUUUGUUUGGGGGGGGGAGUUGUAUACACAUGUAUGCAUGCUCUUCGUGUAUUUUUUGUGCUUGUGAGUGUUAGUGAUUUUUUAAAAAUUGUGUGUGUAUGUAUGUGUAUGGUCUGAUUACACAACAGAGCAGAACAUAAAUCUCUGUGAUGGAGGAGUGCCCAUGUACAGUUUAGCACAGACAUAAUGAAAUCUGGUGGACACGGAAAUCUUCGCUCUAUGUUCAGAUCUAUGCGUGCUUGGCUGUUAUGUGUAUUAAAACUCUGCAUUGUACAGACUCUCAGAUGGAAAAUAGAACAGUCAGACGGAUGGACGGAACAGACAUGUGGCUUAGAUAUUUAGUGUUUAAUCAUAUACACAUGUAAUGGCAGUCUGUGUUGGAGAGUGUUCUGUAUUGUAAUGAAAUUGUAUGUUUUAUUCAUUUAUCUAGAUUUUUGUGAAGCCAACUGUUACUCAUAAACUCCCUCUUCAUCUCAUCAGACACUUGAGAUUGAAAUUAACACAAAGCUCUUUCUUCUUAACCAUGCCUGUAGUGUAGACAAUUUUUUUUUUUUACUUUGGUGUAGUAUUAACAAGAAAGAAACACAUGAGAUUUAUCUGAAUCUGAUGGCCAAGUCGUAGUCUUAACUAGAUGAGCAGAAAAAUUAAUUAUUCAAAUUGUCGUGUUCAACACCUUUCAACAACAUUUUCAGACAUUUUGAAACCAGAUCAUGUUGGUGUGAAUGGUUUGUGAAGGGAGGUACCGGUAACUUUUUAGCAACAAUACACUUAUUAUUGUUGACAAAGCUGUUCUUUGAGACGGUGCAUGUUGGGGUAAUUGAGCCAGCAAGGAGUGAUACAGCGCAAUCAUUGUCCACAUUUGUGUUUGUACAAUAUAUUGUAUUGGUAAUAGAAAAAAUUAUUUUAUAUGCUUACUUCUGCUGUGGUAUUCCUAGGUUGUGAACACCAAAAUCAAAUUUUCUUCUAUUAUCUAUCUAUAGAUGUGUACAUAUACUUUCAUGUGUAUGAUAUUAUUUAAAAUUUGUUCAACCUGCUGUUGUGUUAUAAAGCAAAAUGAAAAUGAAAUAGAUGAAUUAUAUUCAGAUUGCCUGUAAACCUACUCUUGUAUUAUGAAGCAAAAUGAAAUGGUCAAAUAUUGGACAUACCGUCACAUACUGUAUUCAGAUUAACUAUAUAUAACCUACUGUUGUGUUACAAAACAAAAUGAAAUGGUUGAAUAUUGGAUGUAUUCAGAUGGCCUGUAUAAUUUUAGCUCUUCGGAUAAGGAUGCUGUCCCCAAUAUAUAAAAGUACAACAUUAACGGAUCUCCAUUUCCAUAGAGGUGAAGUGUUUACCAGGGUGGGCAUCAGUGGAGUAGAUAAAUAUCUUUAUGAAAUGCUAAAGUUCCUUGAUAAAAGGGAUUUGCAAUCAUGUGAAUGAAAUAUAUAUGAAGUUUCAACCCUUUAAUUUUAAUACUAGGACUGAAAGAAGCAGGGUCUCCCUCUCCCUUUCUGUCAGAUUUGUGAUUGGUCUUUCCACCAGCAACUCAGAAUCAAAGCUAUUCUUUAUAUUAUAUAGGGCCUCUAUCAUGUAUUUUAAAAAUUCAAAUUAAAUGUUAUUCCUUCAUUUAUCUGUACAAAGUUCACUGUGGAUGGGUUUUCAGUUCCACUCUGUGAUGAUUGCUUUUGAUUUUGAGAAAGAAAUUUGGAAUCCCAGGUGUUAAAAGAAAGCCACUAGUUGGUCCUACUUCUUAUUCUUUUCUCUUCUCCCCCCCCCCCCCCCCCCUUGUUUCUGUCUGUCUAUAUUGCAUUCCCCCCUACAGUAAAUGGCCGUCAUCUUGUUACUGUGAUUCUCUUUACUCAAAUUCUUUCAAAUGAAGGGUCCAGUCAGAUCACUGCAACAGGAACAAUUUAUAACAAGACUGAAGUUCAAGAGGGGAGAGGCCUAUCCUCAACAGAGAUUGAACGUAGAACUUGGGAACGGGUCUGAAUAUCAUGUAAUACAGUCAAAAUUGUCCAAGACAGCCACCCGUUGUUGAGGAGAAGAGGAGUAGUUGUCUGAGUCAGGUGGACAUUGUGGACAGGGAAAUACAAAGAAAAAGUUAUGGGGGGGGAUGGAGGAGAGUAUUACAACAAAGCAAAAUGAAUUAGAUUAAUUAUAUUCAGAUUGCCUGAAAUAACCUACUGCUCAGUUACAGAGCAAAAUGAAAUGGGUGAAUAUUGGACAUAGCGUCACAUACUGUAUUCAAUUGCCUGUCUAGAGUGGGAAAUGGGCGUGGGUACAGUGGGAUUGUCUUGGGACAGGCGGCUGUUGGAGCGGUCUUGUUCUGGUUCUGGUGUUUGUACAAUUUGUUGAGUUUUUUGGUUUGACAGCGCAGCCUGUGAUGGUAGAUGUGCUACUUAACAACCCAGUGUUGACCUGGUUACAGACCGGACUAGCCUUGGACUUUUUGUGUCUUUUUCUCCACUCAUCCUUCUAGUUAGUGUUUGGCAGUCUGAGUACCUUGUUACUUGACUCUCUGGGACAAAGUUCUGAGGAGAAAGUUAUUAUUGUGGACAAAGUUCUUGAAGAGACAGUACAGUUACUGUGGACAAAGUUCUUGAAGAGACAGUACAGUUACUGUGGACAAAGUUCUUGAAGAGACAGUACAGUUACUGUGGACAAAGUUCUUGAAGAGACAGUACAGUUAUUGAAGAGACAGUACAGUUACUGUGGACAAAAUUCUUGAAGAGACAGUGCAGUUACUGUGGACAAAGUUAUUGAAGAGACAGUACAGUUAUUGUGGACUAAGUUAUUGAAGAGACAGUACAGUUACUGUGGACAGAGUUCUUGAAGAGACAGUACAGUUACUGUGGACAAAGUUAUUGAAGAGACAGUACAGUUAUUGAAGAGACAGUACAGUUACUGUGGACAAAAUUCUUGAAGAGACAGUACAGUUACUGUGGACAAAGUAACGGCUGCAAUGAGGAAUGUUGUUUGUUACAGUUUGUGUUGACUGUAUGUGUAUCAAAUCGGAUAAAUUACAAAAGAGUUUACUAUUGUGUGUGUAUGUAAUAGUAAUAAUAAUAAAGUAGAUAAUUCUUUUAUAUAUAGCCUACUUCUGUCUGCACACAAUUCUAGGUAGGUUAGUGAGCAUUCAUUGAAAGAGAUUUGCCCAAUUCUACAGUUUGCAAAAUAAAGUAGCGCAUAAAUAAAAAUUGAAUUGAUGUUCCAUUGACAAUUUAGAAACAACUCAUACACUCCAUAAUUUUUCCCCUAUCCCUAAAAAUACAGUUUUUGUUUUUCAAGUGCUGAUGUGAUCUACGUCAAUAGACAUAGAUGAUUUGACUUUUCUUUUGUUACAUAUAAAAGAAUCUCGGGUUUUAUUUUCAUUAAGUUGGAGCUUAAAAUCAAUCAUCCAGUUCUUGUGUGUAUCAUGUGUGUGUAUGUGUGUGUGAGAACCGACUGACGAGUGACCUUCGUCCUUUGAGAACAAGGCAAAGCUGUCUUCUAAACUCCUCCUUUUUUUUAAAAAAGUAGUUUUAAAGUCCUCCCUCACUAAGAGUUACCUCUCACCUUGUUUUUUUUUUUUUGGGGGGGGGGGGGUUUGCUUGUUGAAGCGUAGGAUUGUUUACUCUUGUUAGUGUUUACUGAGGUUGUCCUCCCUCAUUAUCUAUCACCUGUUGAAAUAUAUGGGUUUGUCUCCACCUUGUUCUUACUUGUUUAGCCUAAUACUCAGUGCCCACUGGCACGAUCAGUCUGGUUCUGUUAGGUUUGGUCGACAGGGCUAGGUAGAUUGAGGGCGAAAAGCGACCAUUGUGGCACAAACCAAAUGAAGCUGACUCUGACCUUCAAAAACAAGGCUGGGAGUUGGGCGAUCGGUUUGUGUCUGAGAAGGGAUCCCCCAAUGGGCACUGGGUGUCAGGUGUGGAAUGUUCUUGAAACUUCUUGUGUAGCAACGAGUUCAUCAAGCUGAGGUUUCUUGUGAUAAUCAACAGUCCAAGCAUCUCUCUCCCCCCAUGUAAAAAUAGGGCUGAGGCCUACAAUUUAUCUUAGAGUUGAUCUAAUGUUGAAAGAGAUUCUAUUACUAUUAUAAUAUUAUUAUAUUCUGAUAUUUUCUAUCUCUUUAUAGUUCGCCCUGAACAUACCCACUGCUGCUGCUGCUAAUGAUGAUCAUGUUGAUGAUGUUUGUUUAUUCUCAAUUUCCCAUCAGGAAAUUCUCCUGUGUUUCGUGCGUAUAGAGGGAGCAUUAUUGGUUCAUUUGUCUAAGAUCUAAUCAACAUUUACUAAAUAAUGACACCCCGGUUCUAACAGUAUUUCCAUGUGUGUAUAAAUAUAAGCACAGAUUGUAUAUUUGGACAAAUUUCUGAGUUCAUUGAGCUUUGUCUUGAUGUGAUAUUUGCUUCAGCUGUGGUGAUGAGAAUGCAGAGAAGUUAUGGUGGUUAAUGCUUAAGUUGUAUGUGUAGAGGUGUAUGUUAGUUGAGUUGUACGUGUAGAAGUGUCUUAUAGUGUUGUGUAGAAGUAUAGAGAGGAGUGUUCAAACUUUUCCUAUGAACAAUUUCUUUUUUCUCCUUGGUGUAGAUCCAGCUUCAGCCAUAAUGAUUUGUUACCAUUCUCUCUCUUUAAUAUAUUGUUUGUGCUGAUUGUUUUCACUUCUCCUACUGAAACUUUUAGUCUGAAAAUUUGCGUCUAUUUAUGUAUACCGUAUCAUGUAGAGAUAGUUGGUGAUAGUAAGGAAAAAAAACCUGCUUCCUGGCAACAGGCUCUUUGAAGGGGAGGAAGAAAAUCAAAACAAAACCGAAAUAAUACCAUAUCUAGCAUAGAGAGAAAUCCUCUAGCUUGCCUUUCUAAGUGUCACCUGUCUCUAUGUCGUCUCUGUUUGUCAAAAAAUGUAAUGUAACUCCGGGCACUGCUGGUGCAAUAGUCUAACAAAAGCUCUAUCAAAGUUUUCUUCUCACAAUGGCGACAAAUCAAAAUGGCUUCAUCAACUUUUUUUUUGUAUCUUUUUAAGAAGUUGAUACUUACCAACAGUAUUGUUCAUAUUGACCACCAUCUGUCCUGUCCAGAGACUGAAAGAGGACUCUUAUAUGUAGUGAAGUCCACUCAAACCGAACAUGAUUAAUCUGAAAAGAGCGGUAUACCAAAAGAAAAUAAGAUCCCAAAUUUUUGGGGGAUAAUUUGCAGAGCUCCCAUUUCUAACCCAAAAAGAAUUUCGAGGGUUAUGUCAACUAAUUCUUCACAAGUACCGGCAGCCUUCAAGUAACACAAAUUUUUGAGUCUUACACGCUUCAAGAUAGUAAAAUAGGAGAAAGAGAAACAAGAGCACUUGUGUGUUGAUUGAAAACGAGAGAGAGGCAUCACCAGUAUAUUGCUUGCCUACAUUAAUUAUGAUGAACCACAUUCACAUCUGUGGACCUGCACACUAUGUACAGGCCUUGUGAAGCAAGGAAGUACGUCUGUCGUGUGACUUUCUGUUAGCCAUGACCUAUUGUCUCUGCAAAGUUGUUUAGGCCUACAUACUAAUACUUAUAAUUUCCAGAGGCCCUGCACAUGAGCACAGGACGGCAUGAGUGUGUUCCAUUAUGUCACUGGCACUGGGCUUGCUCACAUCUCGACUAGCACAGAGCACAGUUGAGUGUGCUCAUCUACUCUUAUGACUUUUUCUAAAGCUGACAAAGCACGCUGACAAUGUCGAGAAAGCAAAAUGCGAACAGACUGCUUCUCAAAUUGCUGUUGUUAAAUUGGGUAGGUGAGAAAAAUGUUCAGAAAGUGAAAUUUGCUGCGAGCAUGGCAUUCCUAACUCAAUGCUGUUGACAAUCGGAUCAAUGAUCACUGUUUAUUAAGCAAACCUCUCUAAACCAAAGGAAGUCGGAGUCUCUCAGAUUUCAGUUCAAACGGACUCCACUGUGUGCUCCAAGUUAGAUUUCUCUACCAUAAAUUGUGAUGAUAAUCAGGGGUUCGAGUUAAGACUUCUCUACCAUAAAUUGUGAUGAUAAUCAGGGGUUUGAGUUAGACUUCUCUAGCAUAAAAUUUGAUGGUAAUCAGGGGAUAUAAUGCACACAACAUUGUUUCUGAAUGAGCUCAAGGGCAUGACCCAGAUAUCCUCACUUCCUGAUGGCCAAAAGUUUCCACACACUCAACACUCAUUAAUACUGGUUCCCACAGAGCAGAGCGAGUUGUGUCAGAAACAAAAUUCUCAAAAUAUGUGCUCUUUCUGGUGGUCAUUAUUUUGAAAAAGAAAGAAUUAGAAUUUUUUAAAUUAAAAAGCUAUGUCUCUUGUCUUUCUUCCUGAAUGUGCAUCAUAAACAUGUCCAAUUUUUUUUUCUACUCGCCAUGGCAAUGAUGAUAUUGAUACAGUAUAAUUAUAACACCUCCCUCCCCACCCCCUGUAUUUCUGUAUAAUGAACGGAUGUAAGUUCAUCAUAGAGAUGGGAGGUUUCCCCCCCCCCCCCCCCCCAUCCCUACCCACCCCAUUCAUGUUUGCUUUUUCCUGGUACCAAUCUUGUACAUAAUGGCUAUAUUUCUGAUGUUUGCGUCGUGCUGUUGUCCAGCAACAUUCACGUUGGGGUUUUUUUUUCCCUCAAGGUUUUUUUUGUCUGGUACGGUUCUUGUCUGUGUUCAGGCUCAACUGUGGAGUGUGCUGCUUUGUUUUGGUCGUUUUGAAUUUUGUUUGUUGUUGUUUUUUGGUUUUGCUUUGUUUUCUUCACAUAAUGACAGAGCAAGUCGAAGUUUGGAUUUAUUUUUUUUUCCGUUUGGGUUCCUGUGGCUACCUCAUUUUGUCCCAUGCAAGUGAAAUGGGUCAGCGCAAUGCAUUUUGUACAUGGAUUUUGAUUUCAUUUAAUCUAGAACAUUUCAUUUGUACUUUUCUUUGUUUUCAUCUUGAAUGUAUCUUGAUCUUUGAUUUGAGAAGAAAAUAUUAUAUGAAUUGUGAAUUAUAUAUAUAUAUGUAACCACGCAAAUAUUAUGUACUAUAUACUAUACUAUUGUAAAUUUCAGUCAGUUUUUGAAAGUGUGCGGAGAAAAGUGUAAGGUAGUCCUGAAGGUGUAGUAUAUAGCUCAAUAAAUGCACUGUUGAAGAGAAGAGUGCUGAUGAGUCCAAACACACUCUUAAUGCAUGUGAGGUUGUUUGUGAAGAGACAGACACAGAGAGCCCUAGUACUACUGGAGUAGUCACUACCUUUGAUUUACAAGGUUCUGUCCGACUUUUUUGGUCGUUUUGAGUUACUAAGAUCUUGAGGUCAGAAACCAAAUGUUUUAUCUGCUCUAUCAAAACCAUAAGAUUAUACAAAGUAGUUAUUAAGAUAUUCAAAGAAUUGCAUGCGCAAAAACAUGUGAAACUCACAAUUCUUUACAUUAAAUUUCUCAAAACUAGAUCAAGGUACUCAGCAGAUAGAACUUUGUUAGUCCACUUUUAGUGAAAAGGCUGACACUGAGAGCCCUAUUAGUCUAGAAUCUCAAGAGUUGGUCAUCAUUAGAACAGUUUAUUGUUAUUACUGGUCGCUGCCUCAGAAUUACAAAUUCCUGUCUGACAUUUUUUGGCCAUUUUGAGUUACUAAGACCAUGAGGUCAGAAACCAAAUGUCCUGCCUCGUCUAUCAAAAUCGCAAGAUUAUUUGGAUUCGUUACCAAUAUAUUCUAAGAAAUGCGUUCGUAAAAGCUUGACAUGUUGUGAAACUUAACAUUUUAGAUAUCAAAUUUAUCAAAACUAUAUGUACGGAGCAGAUUGACGUUUGUAAUUCCGAGGUAGUGUAUUGUUAGUAUUACUACUGAUUUGUCAACUGAUUCUCUUGGUGAGGACUCUCAUCUAGAACCCCCGGAGUCUUUGGCCUUCCCGGAUUUGGCCAGAAUUUGUUCGCAAAACUCUACCCGGUACCAAGUUCUUGACAUUUUGGCAGGUUCUGCUCAAAUAUGAACAUUUGUGUUCUUUACACUUACAGUGAAGCAAAUAAAAACAAAUCUUGUCACAUUUAUAUUAUGUUAAUGCUCAUGAUAGGAUUCUGUUAUUUUGUGCUUGGAGCUUCAGCUUGUUUGAGAAAAUAAGAAUAGAAAAACUAAAAAUGGCAGUGGAUGAGGCCAGUUUUUUCUGUGUGUCAUUUUCGCAUGGAAAACUACUUUCAGAAAGAUAUGAGUGAAGCAUCAGGACAUGUAGUUUAUGCCCUUCUCCUUGAUUUGACAUUGGGUCAGCCUGAUAUCUAGUGGGUGGUUGGAGGUUGCCACUGGUUGGGCCAACUUCCCUCUGUUUCUGUGUCCUGUCUGUUUUACCUUUCUCCUGCACUAACUGACAGUUAUUCGUUAUUGUGUCAGUGAACUCUUUACCUAAUCAAAAUAUGCCGGAUUUCAUGAUGAGAGAGUUAAUCUUUGAGAGGGGGAAGUUUCACCAUGGUCAUCGUGUGAUUCACAUUGUCAGAGAAGGUGACAGGACUCAUGUGUGGAAAUAAAGGAUAAUAUUAUAUCAUAGCAGUAGCUGUGCUUGUCAGUCUGCUUCACAAUAGAUGGAACAUGUCUCCCGUUUUCUUUGAUGCCUCUUAACAUUUUAGUUUGUCUCCAAUUUUUGUGCAGGAUUAAUCAAUAAAAUUAAUAAUUUCUAAAAAUGCUGCUGUAGAACGUUGCUAUUCAUAGGAUAUUUACAGUAGUAGUAGUGAAGAGUUGAUCUCCUCAGGGCAAAUUCCUUUCCAUUUGAUCUAGUGACAAGUGAUCUGGAGGGACGCGGUGGGUGAUGGGUUUUUUUUAGUUUUAGAUCCAGUCCUGAAAGACAGCAGCUUACACUGUAAUUUGUUUUCUGUUUAAACGUUCCAUCAUUUAUAAAGGGAUUUUUUUUUUUCUGGCAUGCCUGUCAUGUUCUGUAGUCUAUACAUGCAUGUCAUUCAUGAGCUCUGAAAUAAAUGUUAUUGAUAGUCCAGGAAAAAUUAAGUAGCACCAGACCAGGCACUGUCGAACCUGCUCAAACGGCCACCUGUAAUAGACAAUCACCUGUACAGACAGCCACUAGGCCUACCCAUUUCCUCCCUUGCAUAUUUUUUGCAUUAUAACACUGUGUAAGACAUCCAGCUGUCUAGUAAGACAAUUUUUCUCCUCGACAAUGGGUGGCCGUCUGACAUAUUUUCGACUGUAGAUCACCAGAAACUGAAAUAACCAGUUCUCAAUUUAGUAUAUAAAUAACUUUAGAUGAAUUUUCGUGUGUUAAUGUAAACAUAUUAUGUUAUAUAUAUAUAUACAUUUUUUUCCCAAGUCAAAUUUUUUCUGUGAAGACAGUAUAUGGGGAGAUGCAAGAGAAUGGUUUGUUUUUGUUUGUGGGUUAUUGAUCAGAGGGAGCAUUUUUACAAAUGGUUCCAGUAUUGUGAGGCAGAUGAGACAAAGGGGCUAUGUCAGCUGCUAGACAACCAUACAGAUUGUGUCCUCAUGUUGUCCGCUGGUCAGGGCUGCUGAUUGUGUUCCUAAAUUUGAUGUAUGCUUCCCAAGAAGUUGAGAUUGUUUUAGUAGAGUGCUAUCAAGUCUGCUGGAGUAAUACUAGUAUAGAUUGUGAAGCACACAAAGCUUGCUGUUGAGUGGGAAUUUGCGCUCUAAAAAUGCUUUCUAUAAUUCUAGUAGUAGUAUUUGUCUUGCUAGUAGCCCUCCACGUCCCAGUAUGUUACUGGAACACUUCUCUCUUUUCGUCAGAACAUAGAACAGAAAAUUUCUCUUCGUCAGAACAUAGAACAGAAAAUUUCUCUUCGUCAGAACAUAGAACAGAAAAUAGAACUAUCAUGCUGAAGUCAAAAAGUGGUACCUGGACUAGUCUUUCUGUAUAACGUAGAUGCUGGUACUAUUACUAUAGACCUUGUAAAAGGCACAAACUCUAAGGGGCGCAGAACUGUGAGCUUUUUGCUUGUACAUACAUAUGACAAAUAUACUUGACCAAAUCAAAUCUAUGAACCAGCGGUUGUUCCUUGUUCCUCCGCUGGCUAUGUUGUUUGUGUACAGAGAUAAGAAAUCAUUCCACCACUCGGACAAUUCUACCUUUAUGUCCUUCUAAACUACCCUCUCUUUCUUGCUUCAAACUCUUUAUGAAAAACCUCAACAUAUUCAGUUCCAGAUGGUAUUAUUCCUCAUUUAUUGUACCCGCAUUUCAUCAUUCCAUACUGUGACCUUAUUAGAGAGUACUUAUCAAGAGUUUUAAAAUGGUUGUUCAUUAAAAAAAGUUCCUUUA